AUGGGCUGUGCUUCGGUUGAUAGAGUCUUAAAUGCUCUAGAGCAUCUGGCAAAAGAUCUGGACGUAGAAUCUCAUCUGUGGACGGGGCUGAGGACGGAUCUAAGACUUGUGAGAACAUUUGUUUUGUGUGCUCGGAAGUACUGGAGGAGCAGCAAUCGUUUGAUCAGUUGGGAAUCUCUUGGAUCUUUCAUGCGUAGCAUAUUUCUCUACUUUAAAUCUGAUGAAAAUGCAAGUCUUGGAUCUCUGUUGCAUAGCCUUGAAGAUGCAGUUAACCGAAUAGGAAGGGAGUUGGACUCCAUUCGUCUUGGAGUAGAGGAACGAUUCUAUCCACGAUCUCACAUGAAAGCUUAUUUUAUUGGGAUGGUGGAAGAAUUUCGGGGAAGCUUGUGGUCUUUCACACAAAAAAUCAACGCAUCCUAUUCCAACAUCACUGCGUUGGGUUACUCCUUGCAAUCCAGAGACGAACUUAGGGAAUUCAUUGACCUGCUGUUGGCAAAUAUGGAAGAUCUUCUCGACUUGGGCAAUGUCUACCUGGGAACUCUGAUCUCAUACAUUAAAGAGAAGCUAGAAUUCUUCAAACGAUUCAUUCUCUUUGCAGAAUUGAAAGGGUUUCAGCACGGGCAGUUGAAGGUUCUCUUGACUCAUUUGGAACUUGUGGCAGUCAAUGCUGCAGCAAGCGUCUUUUUCAUUUCCACAGGUCGCAAAAGGGAUGCGACCGUGCGUGGCGAAAUGAAAAUAAAGAUUUCUGGGGUGCUGGCAAAAGUCAUGUCUGUUGAACCCCAGAUGCUUGAGAGUUACAUCAAAGUCUUGACAGCUACAGACUGGAAAAGAUCAUCCAACAUUCUGGCGACGAACAGACGUCUAUUGGAGCACCAUGUUUUUUUUCUCCUGGACAGUCUUGAUAAGCUACUAUGUCGUGAUGCUGUGUUGAUUAUCAAUUUUGAGGAGCAAAUACCACUGCUCUAUAAGGGACUAAGAUUCUUGAAAACCAUUCUUAUGAAGUACCCGGAGAAGUUUGAUGGGCUUCAUGAAAAGGUGAAGGAUCUCAUUCGAGCUGCCGUCAACGAAGCAGGAAUCAUAAUUUGCCUAAUUUUUUUGCACGUCUUGAAAGAAGGCUUGGCCAAGGAAUUUGAUUUGGCACUUCUCAACUUCGUGGGAAAGAUUAAGCUUGUAAAAGUAGUUACAUCGACAUUCAUCUUUCCAAGAAACAAUGAACUUGGUUUUAUGGAUUUUCUCCUAGAAAAUCUGAAAGAGCUGCCGAGUUGUGAGGUUGGUUCAAUUGCUUUUGCAAAGGAUCAAAUUCAAACUAUCCGAGAAGAUCUUGCAUCAUUAAGAUCUUUGAUGGAGAUCAGUGUGGACCAGAGCAACCAAGCCCUUCGGAGACGUGUCAUGGAGGCGGCGCAUGAGACACAGCUGACAGUUAAAUCCUUGUUCAUUGGAGACAUUCCAGAUUUUAGGUCUCCAAUCAUAUUUGAUUCCAUCAGGGAAGAACUUAAAGAGAUUAAUCUUGCUAAGAUGGAAGCCAUGAACAUUUGUGACAAUAAGUAUAGAUUGGAAGCCCAUAGUGUGAGCAGGACAACCAACAAAGUUCGGGUGAGGCUGGAAGAUGAAGCCACAAUAAUUCACAAACUUACAAGAGGACAAAAGCAGUUGGGGUUUGUUUCCAUUGUUGGUAUGCCUGGAAUAGGUAAGACGACUUUGGCCCAAAAUGUUUAUGAUGAUCCUUCAAUUAGAUGCGUUUUUCAUAUCCGUGCAUGGUGUGCUGUUUCUCAGCUCUAUCAGCAUAAAGAUGUGCUGCUUCAGAUUUUGAGUUGUAUGGACCCUGACCUUUUUGAUGAUCAGCUACAAAGAAAAAAACACCACUCUGGUGAUGAAUAUUCAAAGAAGAAUGAAGAUGAGUUGGAAGAAAAACUAAAGCAACGUUUGAUGAAAAUUAGGUAUCUCAUUGUUCUUGAUGAUGUGUGGAGUAGUGAGGCUUGGAAUGCGUUGGAAAGAACUUUCCCAGAUAAUGCCAAUGGAAGUAGAAUCCUCUUAACCAGUCGACUUCCUAUGGUGGCUUUGGAAAUCAACCAGAAUGUUACAAUUCACCAUCUUCAACGACUCACUGAUAAGGAGAGUUGGGAAUUACUGCAGAAGAAGCUACCUGAAGAAAAAGGCUUUCCUUUAGCGCACAGUGAUCUAGGGAUGCAGAUAGCCAGACAUUGUCAGGGUUUACCUCUCACGAUUGUUACGGUAGCUGGAAUUCUUGCUAGAUUGGAGAAAGAUGAUGGUUGGAUAGAGGUCGCGGAAAGACUAAGCUUAAGUGCUGUUUGUGCUACAGAUCAGUGCAUGGAUGUAUUAGAGCUGAGUUACCAGCAUUUACCUGAAUAUCUAAAGCCAUGCUUUCUCUACUUCGCAGCAUUUCCCGAAGACAGAGAGAUUCCCUCUUGGAGGUUGAUGAGUUUAUGGAUCGCUGAAGGAUUUGUCCAGGAAAGUGAGAUAAAGAGCUUGGAGGAUGUAGCUGAGGAGUACAUAUAUGAACUGACAAGCAGAAGCUUGGUUAUGGUUUCCAAAGAAAGAUCCCUAGGUGGUGUUAGAACUUGCCGCAUUCAUGAUUUGUUGCACGAGUUUUGUUUGGUAAAAGCCCAGAAAGAAAAUUUUCUGCAGUUUUUACAUGGAGAUGAUAAACUUUUCACCUUUGAUGAGCCACGCAAUCUGCAAAGGUUAUGCAUUUUUUCAGGGCAGGAUAUUUUUGCGGACUCAAGGCUAUGCUCAACCCGUGUGAACUCUCUGAUGUUCUAUGCUCAGGAGGAUGAGAUGCUCCGAAGUGGUUUUCCUAAAUUCCUAUUUCUCUUUUUCAAGCGUCUGAGAGUAUUGGACUUGAGACAAUUUUGUCUACAUGGUGAACUUCCAAGCGAGAUAGAGUUGCUUUCUGAGCUGAGGUACUUGGCAAUUCAUCUUUCAGUCAACUCCAUCCCUUCAUCAGUAGGCAAUCUCUCACAUUUAGAAACUUUUAUCGUCCAAGCAGACGGAAAUGUCCUACUGCCAGAUACUAUAUGGAAUUUGAAGAAAUUGAGGCGACUAGACGCAAGAAAUGGUUUUACUUUUAAUUGGGCUGAAGAGAACCUGGGGAGUUUACAUAAUUUGGACAGCAUUUCUGUUCUGGUCCUUAGUUCGGUACAAAGCGAAAAGAUAUUGGAAAAAUUCCCAAACAUCCGCAGACUAAAAUGCAGGCUCUUCAAAUCUGAGGAAUAUAAUGGAGAUUGUAAUAAGAUUGUGGCAAUGGGCUUUCUGAGCCAAUUGGAAUCGCUCAAGCUCAUGCUGGAUCACCCGAGAAGGUACCAUCUUGAGUUUCGUUUUCAGUUGAUGAGUCUAAAGAAGUUGAGUCUGUCAUAUUUCCAUUGGAGUGAAAUUCCAUUGAUUGGGAAACUGUGCAGUCUUGAGGUGAUCAAAUUAGAUCGUGAAGUCUCUCUGCAGGACACAUGGGACCUGGAAGGAUUUGAGUUUCCUCAGCUCAAAUACUUGAAACUGGAACAGUUGCGUAUAUCUCGAUGGAAAUGCUCAUCUGAUCAGUUCCCGCGUCUGCGGAAAUUAGUCUUGGUUCAAUGCUGGAGACUGAAAGAAGUCCCUUCUUGUUUUGGGGAAGUUUCAACUCUUGAAAUGAUUGAGGUGCACGGCUGUUCAGAUUCGGUUGUAAGUUCACUUUGGGAGAUUGAGGAAGAGCAAAAAGACUCUGGAAAUGAGGAUUUCCAGAUUUUUGUUUGA